AUGAGAAAUAUGAAUUUAUCUGCAAAGUCACGUAUAGUACGUAGUUGGUGGGAGACCGUAUCACGUGAUCUAGGCGGCCAGCGUGACGCGGACGCCGGCCCUGGAGCUCCAAGCAUCAUCUCAGAGCUCCGAGCUGCACCCGCCAUCGCCAUCUCCCUCUUCCAUCGUCCUUCUCGCACCCAACAUUAUCCUCCAGAGUAUAAUUCCCCGUUGCUUCGUCGAAUUCAUCAACACAUCUUGCACAUCAUGGAUAAAUUGGUCGCUCAAUACUCCCGCCCGCCGCAUCAGAAUGAGUUCUACUCAGAGCAAGAGCAGCGGGACCUCACAGAGAGCCUUCCUCCGCUCUCUCUGAAGUUCAACCUGCCUCCUGUUGAUAACUCUAGAGCCUUCCUCCGUGCUAUGACCGAUGACCACUCGAAUCCCAGCUGCCCCAUUAAACUUGCCCACGGAACGACGACACUGGCCUUCCGAUUCCAGGGCGGAAUUAUCGUCGCUACGGAUUCGAGAGCUACUGCUGGAAACUGGAUUGCGAGUCAGACAGUCAAGAAGGUUAUUCCCGUCUCGCGGUUGAGCCGCGGGGAGGACAAGCCGUCAAAUGAACCCACUCCCGGGCUUUUGGGCACCAUGGCCGGAGGUGCUGCGGUAUGUGCUAUCCUUGUGGAGCAAUUCAUGCUCUGUGCUAGGAUAAUGGGCCAAAUCCGCCACAAGCGUCGUAUCACUGUCGCCGCUGCGUCUAAGAUUCUCGCCAACCUGACAUAUGCCUACAAGGGAAUGGGUCUGAGCAUGGGAACGAUGUUAGCAGGAAUGACGCCCCAAGAAGGACCCGCUCUUUACUACAUCGACUCAGACGGCACCCGACUCCCCGGAAACCUGUUCUGUGUCGGAUCCGGUCAGACCUUUGCAUAUGGUGUGCUUGACGCCAACUACCGCUACGACUUGACCGAGGAGGAGGCCCUCGAGCUCGGUCGCAGAAGUAUCCUUGCUGCCAUGCACCGUGACGCGUACUCUGGUGGUUUCAUCAACCUGUACCAUGUCAAGGAAGAGGGAUGGGUGCACCACGGCUUCAACGAUAUGAACCCGAUAUUCUGGAAGACGAAGCUGGAGAAGGGCGAGUUCUCGAAUGUCACGUCGGAGUUGUAA